GGAGCAGGCGAGGCCAGGACUCAGCGGGAAGGCCGGCAGGCGGCAGAGCCGGUGUGGGCACCGUGGAGCCAUGGAACCGGAGGCAAGGCCCGUGCUCUACCAACAGCUGCUGCUCUGGGACCCCAGCUUGGGGUCUGAGGAUGAUGGGGACGAUGAGGAGGAGACCUCUGAGCUGGUCGUUUCGAAUUCCUGGAGGCCCCACAACUCCUUGGGGAACGAGGUUGGCAGGCUGCCCGGGGCCUGGGCUCGCCUUGGCGCCGCCCUGCUGCUGCUGGUCACUGGCUUCUCCCUGGCUGCGAGGCAACUCUACAUGAGGGGUAACCCUACAGGAAGCCAGGGCUCAGCAGCCCCCCGGCCCGGCGGGCACUCCCAUGCCCCUGGUGUGUACCACCACGGUGCCAUCAUCAGCCCGGCAGCCAUGUGCUCCCACCUGGGCCAAGAGCUGCUCAUCGCCGGGGGCAACGUCGUGGACGCGGGAGUGGGAGCAGCUUUGUGUCUGGCGGUGGUGCACCCUCACACCACGGGGCUAGGUGCCACGUUCUGGGCCCUCUUCCACAACAGCUCCUCAGGCAGCCCAACUGCCCUGACGCCAGGCCCCGCGCGGCCCCUGGCCCCCGGCCUGCGGCUGCCGUCCGCCCUGCCGAGCUUGCGCCUACUGCACGCGCGCUUCGGCCGCCUGCCGUGGCCACGGCUGCUGGGGGGCCCCGCCUCGCUGGCUCAAGACGGCUUCCUGGUAGACACAGCCCUGGCCACAGCUCUGGCAGCCCGGGGCACAAAGGGCCUCUGUCCAGUACUGUGCCAUGCCGAUGGAACGCCCCUGGGCCCCGGGGCCCGAGCCACCAACCCCAAACUGGCAGCCGUGCUGCGCCUAGAGGCCCAAGCCCCGGACCGGGCCGGGGACACCCUACUGAGCCUGCUGGUCAGAGACCUGGGGCUGCGGAGGCCCCACUCCAGGCCCAUGCCCACCCUGGAGCCCGCGGUGCAGCAAGCCAUACCCCAAGGCGUCCUGUCCAUCACCCCUGGCCCCUCAGCCUGCCCAGAGCUGCUGGCGAUGGUAGGGGCAGCCCUGCGCUCAGGAGAGCCCGGCCCCGACCCCUGCCCGGCACGCUCACCAGCUCCCGUGGGCCCUGUGGGCACUGUCCUGGCCACUGUAGACAGCGGUGGCUCGGUGCUGCUCCUUACCUCCUCACUCAGCAGCCCCUUUGGCUCCGGACACCUGUCCCCGAGCACUGGGGUUCUCCUUAGUGACCUGGUGGCCAAGCCUACAGACAGUGCCUGGGCCUGCCCCCUCCUCCUCCAUGGAAGCUCGGAUGACACAGAGGCUGACAUGUUAGGGCUGGUGGCUUCGGGAACUCCUGCGGUGGCCAGAGUUGUGACUCGUGCCCUGCUCAGUCACCUGGCUGGGCCCCAGACCCAGGUCCAGCACCAGCGACGGCAGGGACCGACACUGAGCACUAGCGUUUGUGGCCAGGGGACCCUGCUCCAGGUGGCUGUCCAGGCAGAGCAUGCCCAUGUCUCCGGUGUCCCCAGCAGCUGCUGCACUGUCCAGGGGUUCUAAGUGGGGGAUGUGU